AUGGUCAAGGUGGCGGGAGGUGGAUUCUUGUCUACUUUGGGCCGUGCUAGAGGAGUCGAGAUCGAGAUUGCGGGGCAGUCAAUGCCAGCAGACUUAGUCAUCAGUCCGGUGGAGCUGUAUGACGUUAUUCUCGGGAUGGACUGGUUGUCACACUACAGAGUUCAUCUGGAUUGCUACAGAGGUAGAGUGGUCUUCGAGCGAGAUGCAGGGAGGUUGGUUUAUCAGGGAGUGAGACCGACUUCCGGGAGUAUUGUGAUAUCUGCUAUUCAGGCCGAGCAGUUGUUAGAGCGGGGCUGUGAGGCGUAUCUGGCGACGAUUUCUAUGUCUGAGUCAGGAGCUGGAGUUGUUAUGGGAGAUAUUGAGGUUGUCCAGGAUUUUGAGGAUGUCUUUCAGUCACUGAAGGGAUUACCACCAUCUCGGUCUGAUCCUUUCACGAUUGAGUUAGAGCCGGGGACAGCACCGAUAUCGAAGACGCCUUACAGGAUGGCGCCAGCUGAGUUGGCAGAGCUGAAGAAGCAGAUAGAGGACCUUUUGUCUAAGGGGUUCAUUCGACCGAGUGUUUCACCGUGGGGAGCACCGGUGUUGUUUGUGAAGAAGAAGGAUGGAGUUUCAGACUUUGUAUCGAUUACAGAGGUCUUAACCGAGUCACUGUGA